AUGUCUCAGCUUCUCUUAUUGACAUCCCCCAAGCACUGCGCCAAGAAAGGACUCGACGGGAAGAAGCUCAACAAGAAGUUCCUCUACGCCCUCUGCACCUUCUUGCUUACCAUGCUCUCGGUCGUCCUCUUGGUGUGGGUCAUCCUCCACCCCGCCAAGCCCCAGUUCUACCUCAAGGACGUUGGCGUCUACCAGUUGAGCCUCUCCUCCCCCCGGGCACUCAACUGCACCAUCCAGUUCACCCUCGUUUCCAGCAACCCCAACGACCGGGUGGGGGUCUACUACGACGGCUUGCGGGCGUACGCCUCCUACAAGGGGAAGCUGAUCACCACAGAGUCCGCUCUCCCUCCCUUCUACCAGGGUCACGGUGACACCAAUGUCCUCUGCGCCUCCCUCUCCGGCGCCGGCGUGGCCGUGGCCCCCUCCUUCCGCUAUGACGUGAGCCGGGACGAGAUCGCCGGGCAGCUGCCAAUAAAACUCAGGCUCGACGGGCGGGUGCGGUGGAAGGUCGGCACCUGGAUCUCGGGGCAGUAUCCCAUCGAUGUGGACUGCUCCAUCAUCGUCGGCUUCGCACCCGGAGGCUGGCCCGCGUCGCCCAUUACAACCCAGGGGAGCCACUGUUCCACCACGCUUUGA